AUGAAUCUGGAAACGAUACGCAUAGUUGUGCCGUUACUCCCCCUUAUUCUUCGUCAAUCCUUCCUACACGUCCUUCACCUCUCCGAUUCAGCCAAGCACCUCGACCUUCGAAGCGCUCUCAUAAUCGCCUGUCUCCGCGUUAUACUCACACCCAAAACUCCACGUAGUAUAUCCGCUGUCCAAGAACUUACUCUCCGCGACCCAGGAAUCAAGGGUCGUAUCUGGGUCAGCAAGUACGCCAGUCCACCACCUCCAGAGACAUCGAUCCGCGAUGUCCUCAUCGCUGCCCUCCAACACACCGGAGGUUCCGCCUGCCGAGUCCCCGUGCCCGACCUAGUUGAUGUCGAGGCCGAAUGGACCGGCUACCGGAGUGGUGUGUCUAGUGGCGCUCCGUUGCCUGACGUGUCGGAGCGGGAGAGGUAUCACGGCAUGAUGCGGGACUGCAAGAGUCCAACAACUGUGCUGUACUUGCACGGCGGCGCUUACUAUCUCUGUGACCCUGCUACACAUCGUCCUACGACCAAGAAGCUGGCCCAGUUGACGGGUGGUCGGUGCUACUCUGUGCGAUAUCGACUUGCGCCCCAGCAUCCAUUCCCUGCAGCGUUGCUGGAUGCGUUUGUGUCUUAUUUCACUUUGUUGUAUCCACCUCCAGAUGCUUACCACGACCCUGUGCAACCGGAGCAUAUAGUGAUUGCUGGUGACAGCGCUGGCGGUAAUCUUUCGCUCGCACUGCUCCAACUCAUUCUCGAACUCCGAAGACAAGACUCUCCAAUCUUGUGGCACGGCGAACUACGCCAUGUUCCCUUGCCAGCUGGCUUGGCACUAAACUCUCCAUGGCUGGAUGUUACACAAAGUUCUCCGACAUGGGAAGCAUCCACGCCGACCCCAUUCGACUACCUCCCCAAGCCCGAGACCAUGGACCAGCUCGCGAUACCUUCCUGCAACGCGUGGCCAGCCAACCCACCAAGACGCAACCUGUAUAUCGCCGACGACCUCGCCGCUCACCCAUUGGCGUCUCUCGUCAUGGCGCGCAGCUGGAAAGGGGCGCCGCCUAUCUACCUCUGCACGGGUUGGGAGAUCCUCGCGUACGAGGACAAGUUCCUCGCGCGCCAACUCGAAGCUGACGGAGUCCGUGUGGUUUUUGAGGAGUACGAGGGCAUGCCUCAUUGCUUUGCGAUGAUGCUGCGCAAUGCUCCUGCCACACCGCGCUGUUACAAAGGAUGGGCGUCGUUUAUAAGCGCAGCAGUUGAGAAUCCUGGAAGCAUUGAGUCGAGUGCUGUCAUGAUCAAGUCCAAGACGUGUGAGGAGGUGCCAUUAAGGUUCGAUCAAUUGAGUGAUACUUCAGAAGAGGAUUUCAGACAGAGGCCCGACAAUAUGUCGCUGAUCUCUGAACCUCGAGACAAAAACGACGAGCCAGACCCAACUCGUCCCAAUUCGACUCCCGAGGGUACCUUAGAGAUGGAGCGCCACAAAAAGGCCGUCACUUCCAUCGCCUCGGCCGUCCGCGGCUUCUUCGAGCGCCGCGAGCCAUACCGCAUCUUUCACGGCAGCACAAACAGCACCCGGCCCCAGACAACAGGCAAGCCCGUCGUCGACAUCAGCGCUCUCCGCAAUGUUCUCCAGGUCGAUAAAGCUACCCGCACGGCUCUCGUGGAGCCCAAUGUUCCCAUGGACAAGCUCGUCGAGUCGACGCUCAAGCACGGCCUCGUCCCACCUGUAGUUAUGGAGUUUCCCGGUAUCACAGCUGGAGGAGGGUUUGCGGGCACAGCGGGAGAGAGUUCUUCAUUCAAGCACGGAUUCUUCAACGAUACUGUCAAUUGGGCUGAGAUGAUCCUCGGAAACGGCGAGGUUGUGCGUGCGUCGCGGGAGGAGAACGCUGAUCUGUUCCGCGGUGCCGCUGGUGCUGUUGGGUCUUUGGGCACGACGACGCUUCUUGAGCUUCAGCUACAAGAGGCCAAGAAGUUUGUCAAGACGACGUACCACCGAACCAGCAGUGUCGCCGAGGCUGUUGCCCGUAUCCGCGCUGAAACCGAGAACCCUUCCAACGACUACGUUGACGGCAUCCUCUUCUCCAAAGAUCAUGGAGUCGUUGUUACUGGUACCCUGACUGAUGACAAGCCCGCCGAUACCAAGCCCCAGACCUUUAGUGGUGCUUGGGAUCCCUGGUAUUACCUCCAUGUUCAAGAUCGCACUCGUAAUGUUCCCUCUGCUGGUCCUACUGUCUCCGCCGAAUCCGCCUCGUCCUCUCCUGUUGACUACAUCCCCCUUGCUGAGUACUUCUUCCGUUAUGAUAGAGGUGGUUUCUGGGUUGGAGCAGCUGCAUUCACCUACUUCAAGGGCGUUCCGUUUACACGUUUCUUCCGAUGGUUCCUUGACGACUUUCUACACACCCGUAUGUUAUACCGCGCUCUUCACGGCAGCGGUGAAUCCGCCCGCUUCAUCGUCCAGGACCUGGGUCUUCCCUACAAGACUGCUGAGACAUUCGUUGACUACACUGCUGAGAACUUUAACAUCUGGCCCCUCUGGCUCUGCCCCUUGAAGCAGACAGCCCCACCGACCUUCCACCCUCACACCGGCGAGACGACCACUGCUGCUGAUGGUACUGUGACAACCCCACCAUCUCUCAACAUCGGUCUUUGGGGAUGGGGUCCUUCCGACCCCGAGGAGUUUGUUACCAAGAACCGUGCUCUCGAGGAUAAGCUCGUUGAGCUUGGUGGUCUGAAAUGGCUUUACGCGCAUACCUACUACAACGAAGAAGAGUUCUGGAAGUUGUACGGCCGAGAAUGGUACGAUGAUCUGCGAAAGAAAUACCACGCUGAAACGCUGCCUACUGUCCACGACAAGGUCAAGGUCGAUGUUGAAGCCCGAAAGGAAGAACGCCAGAAGUGGAAGCGCUCUUUAAAAAGCAAGCCUCCUCUGGGUGGCCUUUACGGCAUCUGGAAAGGCAUCCAGAGCAAGGAUUAUAUGCUCCACCGACAUGCGGAGUGGAAGUACAAGGGGGAGAAAUAG